CCCCGCCCCGCCCGGGGCUGCGCGGCAGAGCCGCGGGGAUGGAGGCGCUGCGGGCGGCGGGACGGGCCGUGCUGCGGAGCCCCCGACUCGCCCGCCACGGCCUGGGGCUCUGCUGGCACCGCAAGCUCCCGGAGAACUGGGCCGACAUGCAGGAGCCCCUGCUGGAGGGGAUUGGCUUCACGCUUAAGUACCUGGGCAUGACGCUGGUGGAGAAACCCAAAGGAGAAGAUAUGGCAGCCAGUGCCAUCCGUCGGAUCAUCGCUAUGGCUCGCGUGGGAGCCAAGAAAUUCCAGAAGGUGAUUCUGACUGUUUCUUCGAGGGGAAUCUCACUGCAGGAUGCUGAGACCAAGGAGAUGAUAGAGUGUGUCUCCAUUUACAGGAUUUCCUACUGCACCACGGACAAGCUGCAGAACAAGGUGUUUGCCUAUGUGGCGCAGAGCCAGCAGAGUGGGGCACUGGAGUGCCAUGCCUUCCUGUCAUCCAAGAAGAAGAUUGCCCAAGCCGUGACUCUGACUGUGGCUCAGGCCUUCCAGGUGGCACUAGAUCACUGGGAAACAGCACAGGCAGGCUCUGUGCAGGAACAGUGCCACCCUGAGUGUACCCUGGAGAGCAACAGGCCAGGCAGCACAAGUGAGCCAGCUCUGGUCCCCACGGGGAACACUCCAUUCAAACACCACUUUGAGGAGGAGGAGGAGGAGGAGGAGGAGGAAGAUGAUGAUGAUCUCAAUGAAGCCUUUUCUGGCUGCACUGAGGAGGGCACUCAAGACACAAGAGACUUUGUGUCUCCCACACGAGGAGGCAGCUCGUCCAUCAUGCGCUUACCACAGAGCUGGGCCCCACCUGGAGUGCCCCCGACACAGCAGGAUGAAAUGGGAUGGGGGCACUGGAGGCCAAGCACCCACCUGCCACAAGGGACCUUCCUUUAAGGUUUCCACAGGUUAAUGAGGCUUUGUCAGUCUUCCAGUGUUUAUAUAUCACCAUGAUGGGUUAACCAGUCAGAAUCCUCUCUGUGCCUGAGGCUCAGACCAGUCGGCAGGUGGAACAUGGACCAGGCAGCAUCAUUUCCCCACAUUGUGCCUGAGGCAUUGCUGUCUCUGCUCUGUGCCUUUGGACUAACUGGCAGCUCGCUCUGCUUUGCUCCUGGGACAUGGCCAGGCAGGUUUCCUUGACUCUUUUGUAUGUUCAUUUUUGCUGGUACUAGUGAAGCUGCCCUGCCAACAACCUCUGGGCUUUUCCCAAUUAGGCUCAGCCCAGGCAGUGGCAGGGCUGGCUUCCCACACCCACUGGUCUGCUCUGUGCAACCACCCAGCCCUGCAGGGACUUCCACUAGAGGGUGAAAGGGAGUGCAGCAUCCAUGGCCUGCCU